AUGGCUCAUACUACUUUCCCCAGCGAUCUCCCCGUGCCCAAUGACGACGGGGCGUACGAUCAUCUGACCGACGUCACCAUUCCGGCGGAUAUCAGCCUCCCCGUCGCACACAGUCCAAAGCAGAAAGUCAGACUCGCCGAGUUGGAAGGGUUAACGGUGGUGUUUUGCUACCCACGAACAGGCGCACCCAAUGAGAUCGUACCGGAUUCCUGGAACGCCAUCCCCGGUGCUCGCGGCUGCACCCCGCAAGCAUGUUCCUUCCGAGACAACCUGCCUCAACUGCGCUCGUUCGGUGUGGCGCACAUCUACGGCAUCUCAACGCAAUCGCCUUCGUACCAAGCGGAAGUGCGUGAACGGUUACAUCUGCCGUAUGAUCUUCUGAGUGACGAGAAUUUGGACUUUCAGCGGGGUUUGAAGUUGCCGACGUUCGAGUGGGAGGGAGGGAAAGUCCUGAGGAGAUCGAUGAUUGCUUUGCGAGACGGGAAAGUCAUCAAGUGGUGGUACCCGGUUUUCCCACCGGAUCGGGGCGUCGAUGAUUUGAUCGAGUGGUUGAAAGCAGAGCAGAGUUUGGUGUAG